AUGCUUUCGCGAGCCGCACGCCAUCCUCAGAUUAUAUUCUCGGCUAUACGAAAUGUAGCGAGCAUCAGUUCCCAGGAGCCCGCAGGGCCAUCCAUGAAAACCAAGAUACCAGGACCAGCAUCUAAUGCGAUCAAACAAAAAAUGGAUCCACUACAUCAAACAACAUCUGUUCGAAUGUUCGUCGAUUUCGAGAAAUCAUUCGGAAAUUACUUGAUUGACGCUGACGGAAACACCCUACUGGACGUGUACACCCAAAUCUCCUCUUUACCACUUGGAUACAAUCAUCCGGACUUGGUGAAAGCUGCUUCGGAUCCGAACUUUAUUACUUCGUUAGUUUCACGACCGGCGCUCGGUUCUUUUCCACGAAAUGAUUUCCCGGACGGGAUUCAUGCAGCGCUCACUUCAAUUGCACCAAAGGGAUUGAAGGCCGUACAAACAAUGCUCUGCGGAACGUCCGCCAAUGAGAACGCUAUUAAAACUGCUUUUAUCUGGUACAUGACAAAUCGUCGUGGAGGCAACCCACCCGAUAAGGAAGCACUUGACAGUUGUAUGGUACAAAACCAGCCAGGAACACCUAAACUGUCUGUUCUUGGCUUCCAAGGAGCUUUCCAUGGUCGAUCUCUUUGCAUGCUCUCUGUCACUCGCAGCAAAGCGAUUCACAAGGUAGACAUCCCGGCAUUCGAUUGGCCAAUCGCUAAAUAUCCUCGUUAUAAAUAUCCGCUUGCUGACAAUAAAGCUUAUAAUGACGCACAAGACAAGGAAUGUCUACAGGAUGUGAGAGAAAAGAUCGCAGAAUGGAAGAAAAAAAAUCAUGACGUAGCGGCUGUGAUUGUGGAGCCGAUCCAGGCAGAAGGUGGCGACAACUAUGGCAGCCCAGCGUUCUUCAAGGAAUUACAAAAAAUCACAAAAGAGAAUGGAAUUUGUUUAAUUGUUGACGAGGUACAAACUGGUGGCGGCGGUACUGGUGAUAUUUGGGCGCAUUCGCACUGGAAUCUACCUUCACCGCCGGAUAUUGUGACGUUCUCGAAGAAACUCAUUACCGGUGGCUACUUCUAUGGAGAACAUAUGCGUGUCAAGGAGGCUUACCGUAUCUACAACACCUGGAUGGGUGAUCCAACGAAACUAUUUCUUCUUAAGAAAGUAGUGGAAGUGAUUAAGAGGGAUAAUCUGGUGGAGAAAACAAAGGAAGUUGGGAAAUUUUUCCAGAAGGAGCUGGGACAACUACAGGCUGCACAUUCCUCGAAACUGUCACAGGCUCGCGGUUUAGGAACAUUCGCAGCGAUCGACUUCCCUACCGCAGCUGUCAGGGACCAAUUUGUGGAGAAGGCAAUCAAUCUGGGUUUACAUUGCGGUGGUUGCGGUGAUAAAUCACUUCGUUUCCGACCGGCAUUGAUAUAUGAAACGAAACACGCUGAACUAACUUUUGAUUUAUUGGAAAAAGCUGUCAAACAGAUUUAA